AUGCGUGCGGAUGAGCUUGAUAUACACACGCUCGAGGAAAUUUUCCAGGCAGAGAUGCCGAAGCCGGGCGAAAUCGUCACGGGCAUCGUCACCUCACUUGUGGAGUGGGGAGCUUUCGUUGAGCUGGAACGGAGUGGCUGGUCGGGCCUGAUCCACAUCUCUGAGCUCAGCGAUGUUUUCGUCGACAACAUCGAGGAUUACAUCCAGCCGGGCCAGCGUGUGGAGGCCCUCGUCAUCCAGCGACCCGGAGACCGACUGGACAGGCUGAGCUUGUCGGUCCGGAGGCUCAAGGACUUGAAGAAGUACGAUCCCGAUGCUUUGGCUGCGGUGGGCCCGCUGGCACCGAUGGCAAGGCCUAGUGUGGUGCGAGAGGAAGAGUUCAGCCAGCUACAGGAUCGGGUAGCCGCACUUGAAGCCAUCAUCGUGCAGAUGGGGCACGGUCAGGCGCUGCGGAAUGAGCGCUACACUUCUAGCAAAUCGAGUCGAAAGUCAGUAGUGGCUCCUUUGGACGACAUGCUCGAAGAGGUCGAGGAGGUGCAGCCACAGGCUGUUGUGCAGGAGAAAGCCACGAUCGACGAAAUUCUCAAUUCCAUUCUUGCUGGCAGCAAUGACUUGGAAGAGGACGAGGACCUGCCCUCCGAGAUGGUUGAUAACAAUGCGGCGAAAAAAAUCCUGCAUGGUUGUCGUGGUGAGGUGCACCUCAUUUCCUUUGACAAUGUGGUGUCAUCACUUCCGCUGGAGCCGGAUGCUGUUGCAGUUGCCAUCCGCCCACUCCUCCAUCACAUGCAGGAGGCGGGAUCGGCUGAGCUUCCAGAUGCCUGGGCGGCUUUUAAUGCCGCGACCGAGAUAUUGACCAGCCUCACUGCCUGGGAAGACUGGGGUGGCGAGGCCUUGGCUGAGACGCUGCACGCUGCUGCAGCACAAGUCCUGUCGGCUCGUUCGGAUGUCUUGGCAGACGUGUUGGACAUGCACCUCUCUCGACUUGCACGAUUUCGCACCGACCCAGAUGCCUGUCCCUUUGACCAACAGCUCAUGACCUGGCAGAUGCUUGCGCAAGCGCCACCAGCCAGCCUGACCCUUUUCAGAAGCUUUCAGGACGACUCCCUCCAAGCGCAUCAGCGAAGCUGUGUCGAAACGUUGGAGGGCUUGGCCCAUGGAGCGCCGGCUGAGGUCUGGGCAUACAGGCUUGCACAUUGCGUGGAUGUCGAGGCAGCCAUUGACCGGUGCUCCCCAAAUGGCUCGGCCCUUGCAGCCUCAUGUGCUGCUACGUGGCUCAGUCGCAGUCUUCCGCUACUCCCGUGGAUCCUUGCAUAUCUGAUCUCACCGACCAAAGAGUUGGAUCUGGCGGCUUUGCGUCGUCUCCGCAAAGCCCUCGAGGUCUGCGAAGACAGCCAGGCCUUGGUACAGAUGCGAGACGCCCUGGUUAAUGCCUGCACGCUCUUGUGCCGCACCGCUCUGCUCCAAAAGGAGCCAGUGUCUUGGCUAACGUCCCUUUUGCUGGUCAUGCAUGAGGCAUGCCAGGUGCUGCUGCCUGACAUCACACCCGGCGCUUUGGCUGCGUCAUUGGCAGUAGCGCUCGCCCCAGCGCUCAACGACCCGGGCGCGCAACCUGAGCUCGCUCCCUGGGAGGCGGUGCUUGGAACGCCAUCCGAAGCCCUGAACCUGCAGCUCCUGCACACUCCGAGCACUGACGCCGCUGCACCUCUACGCCCUGAGCAGCUCGCCGAGUCUAUUGCCAGGGCUCUGCACGGCGAGGCGGAGGUGCCCUUGGCCCCAGGUCCAGGUUGGCCUGGCCGGAUCGGGCCUCUGCUGCUGCUCUUCCGGCUUCUGCCCGACGCAGGUGGUUGCCCAUUGCUCUGGCAAGCACGCCUCAUUUCACUUCGCGCCAUCAGGGGCUUCUGCCAGCACGAUUCGGAGGAGCGGCUCUCACAUCGCCUCCUGGACUUCUUCCGCAACGAGUGCGGCCAUGGGCACCUUUGGCUUCGCCACGCCGCAGAGUUCCUCUCGCCGUCGAACGACGCAAACGGAGGACACGACGGAGGGAAGACCGGGGCAUCGGUGGCUGAGAUCCUGCAAAGCGGUUCAAGCGGGAACAGCAUCGAACAGUUCAAAGCAACUGCAGUGAGCACAGCGGCUGCCUCGAGCCUGGGCUUCAACUCGAUCUCCGAGCUCUCCGAGCUGUCGCUUUCGUCAGUGCCAGAGUUCUUCUCCGCAUCCAUUCCUGUGUCGGCCUUGCAAAGUCGCUGGGCCGAAGCCUAUUUGACGAGAUAUCCUCACAGGAAGCUUUCCUGGCGCCUCUGGGGUGCAGCACAGGUCUUAUGGAGGCAUUCGCUUGGGCACACCCUGCUCAAAACAACCGAGUUGCAAGCACACAUUUUGCUGGCAAGUAGUCGCGAUGGCUUCGAUGCCUUCUCCCGGAAGGACUUUGAGCAGGCAGCGCUCACUUGGUCAGGAGUCGCAGCCGACAAACGUCUCAGCCAGGAUUCGAUGCCACAACCUUCGCCACUAGAGGCCUGGUGCGAGGCACUGGCACAGCUCACGGAGCCAAAUGGGCCUUUGGAGGAGACGGAGACGGGCUCUGUGCGAGUGCGGCCAAGUUGCGACCGCUCCGAGAUGGACCUCACAGACGUGCCAACCUUUCGCACCGAGGGCCCGCAGGAGUCCCCGAGCCCGUCUCGGGAUGCCAGAGCACCGAUCAUUGAUGCAGCGUUGGUUCGAAUAUUGAAGCGUUUCCACGUCCUCUCCACCGAUGAAGUUCUUUCGAAGCUCGCGACAUAUCCCGAGAGCCUUGCUUUGCUGGACAAGCCAAGCGUGCCCAGCACAGCCUUCUCGACAGCCAGGCUGGCAGCCCAGGACACCGCUGAGAUCUUUGGGCGCCUCUCCUCACUUUGCGAUCGCGGCAUCCUCCGGAUGGAGCGUGCCGACGGUGCGGCAGCAGGGCAGAUCGACAAGACGACGCGCGUGUUCUUCGAAGAUUGA